CACCUCAAAGGACCAUUUCUCAUGGCUUCUGUUCCGGUGAAACCACUACCUCUUCUUCGCCGGAACAUCACCUCGACGACGGCUUCGAAAUCAUCUCCAAUGCUCGCCAACGUUUCGAGCCGGCAUUUUCUCGGGAUCAUUACGUAUAAAGAAUCCUUGAGUCAAAUGAGAACUCCAGCGUCUUUAAGCCACCGCCGGAGAGUAAGUACGGUGGUGUCAUCGGCGGGAAACUUGACGGCGCCGUCGUGGGACUCGUGGAAGCCAGAUAAGACGGCGGCGGCUACGGCUCUGUUGAUGAGUGACGUCAUUUGGCCUGCAGCUGGAGCGUUUGCGGCAAUGGCAAUAUUGGGAAGAAUGGAUCAAAUGCUAUCUCCAAAAGGGAUUUCAAUGUCAGUUGCACCACUUGGCGCCGUCUCCGCCAUUCUUUUCAUCACUCCUUCUGCUCCUGCUGCUCGGAAAUACAAUAUGUUUUUGGCUCAAAUAGGUUGUGCUGCGAUUGGAGUGGUAGCUUUCUCCGUCUUCGGUCCAGGUUGGCUCGCCCGGAGUGUCGCCCUCGCCGCUUCCAUCGCUUUUAUGGUCAUUACUCGUGCCAGUCACCCUCCUGCGGCCAGCUUACCAUUAAUGUUCAUAGAUGGAGCAAAGUUCCAUCACUUGAAUUUCUGGUAUGCAUUGUUCCCAGGUGCAGCUGCUUGUGUCAUCCUAUGCAUUCUCCAAUCGAUCGUAUGUUACUUGAAGGAAAACAUGAAAUUUUGAUGAAUCAUCAAGCAACACGUACGAUCUAAUGAUAUAUAAUACACCCAUAUUGAUGGAAAUCUUGUGAAGAUAUGAACGUAUGAUGUAAAUGACUAUAUAAAUAUAAUUACGUUCAUUCA